AUGUCUCGUUUCUCCCGCUACGACACGGACGAAGAACGGCUGCCCGACGGCAUGCAGCGAGUGGGCUACGAUGCGGACACGCAGAUAUACACAUACCGUGAUGCAGACGGCAGCUACUGGGAGGGUGCCCCAGGCAACAGUUACGGCCAGUUGACGCAGGUUUCGCAUGGUGGACGACCCUCGCGCCACGAGCCCAUCGACGCUGCCCUCAGACACCACAUGUGGGAGGAGGAGAGAAGGAAUUGGCGACAGGGCUGGCAACCGUUGCUCAACUUCUUCCUUAUCAUCGGGCUAUUCCUCAUGUUGCUUACCUGGUGGCUUUACCGGACGCCUUCGGAGCAGUUGCCUCAGUGUGGUGGACAGGCGGUACCGUACAAGAUCCAUAAAGGUGAUACGUGCUGGGCUAUUGCAGAGAAACACAAGAUGAGAGUGGAGGAUCUGGUCAAGGCCAAUAACAAGCUCAACUGCGACAAGCUGCAGAUUGGGAGCUCAAUAUGUGUGCCAUCGGUGAUAUAG